AUGUGGAUCAAGUCUAUUGGAAUUCUAUCUUUGGCGGUGUUUGCAUCUGCAAUACAAUGGUAUCCCGUGAAUAGCAAAGGAGAGAUACCGUCCAUUGAACCUUUCCAAAAGGGACAAGAGAUUCAAUUCGAUUGCAUUCAAAGGAAUAUCGAUAAUGGUGAACAUAAAUUUGACCAACAAAACAAGGUCAUAUAUGGCCCAUUUCCAAAGUGUAAAGAAACUUCUAAACCCUUGAGUUUCAAGUACGGGGUCAAUGAGGAUGUAAAUUGUACCAUUGAGUUUACAGACGAGUUAUUCCACUUGUUUCAAUUGUACAUUCACGAAGAUGUUCCAUUCAGUUGCAGAUUACCAAUGAGUUCAGAAAUGUUAUCAAUAGAAAAAGGUGGCGCAUACAUUCCAUUCACGUUUAAUUUCAGAGGCGAGAUUACAGAUUCACAUAUCGAUGUUGACCACUCAAUGAAUGUCUUGAUAACGAUUCCUGAUAAUCCAAUGGAGUACACAUUUGUCAGCGCUAUAGCAUAUAGCUCUGGGACAAACACAACGAGAAUUGUCAUUGGAGAUACGAUGACUAUACAGUUUGCUGUUCGGUGGCUCGAUCAACUAAAUAAGGGUGGAAAGGGUGAAAAGGUUGGAUCAGCUCAAAAAUGA